AUGAGAAGCGACUUCGAAGACUAUGUCAAGAAGUCCAAAGCCUGCCAAGAAAAUAAAGCUCUCAGGAAAAUAAACAAAGCCCCUAUGGAAAUCACUACUACAUCUACUGCUCCUUUUCAACGCGUAGCUCUAGAUAUCGUGGGACCUCUACCGGAAUCUGGAACCGCUAGACUCCGCUAUAUACUCACUUUACAAGACGACCUUACAAAGCACUCUGUAGCAUAUCCCAUACAUAGCACAACAGCCGAAGAAACCAGCGAUUGCCUCAUUCACUUCAUCUCCUUAUUUGGAAUACCCAAAUCCUUCCUAACAGACCAAAGGACAAACUUCACGUCCGACUUCUUCAAAACCACAUGCCAAUUCCUAAAAAUCAAGCAACUAUGGUCUUCACCCUAUCAUCCACAAACUCAAAGAGCACUAGAACGUAGCCAUUCCACUCUCAAAGAAUAUCUAAAAUCAUUCGUCAAUGCAAAUCAAAAUAACUGGCCCACUUACGUCUAUAUCGCUAUACUUACAUACAAUACCACUCCACAUACCACUACAAAAUUUACUCCUUAUGAGCUCUUUGGACAAAAACCCUAUAUUCCCAAUUCUAUAUAUGAAAGGAGUUCCGGAACAACCUAUUCCGACUAUAUUAAAAUGUUACAACACAACCUCAAAUAUACACGAGAAAUGGCUGUAGAAAACAUUUUAAAAUCCAAAGAAUCUUCCAAAUCUUAG